AUGACUAGCUCCAGCGCGAGUUUGAACAGAGUGCACAAGUCGUCAAGCUCUGGAACCACUCAUCGGAUCCGAGAGCAACUCAACUUCACAGACGAGCGUCGCUGGAAACGGUUCUCCGGGCGACGGCUCGAGCUGAUCGACAAGUUCGGGCUCAGCGAGCGCAAGGCCAGCGAGCAGGACGACAACAUCCGGCAGAUCGCCACGAUCCUGCGCACGGAGUUCGGGUACCCGGCGGCCACGGCCGGCGAGUUCGAGAAGCUGGUCACCGCAGCGGUGCAGUCGGUGCGCCGCAACCGCAAACGGUCGUGCAAGUCGCGGCCGACGGCGGGGUCACGUGACGAGAUGUCCGGCGUCGCUGCUGCUGCUCCGGCCCACGGCGCAGCCCCAGUCGCCGCGGCCGCGUCGACCGCCCCAUCCGCGGCCUCGUCGCCCGCCAGCGAGCCCGCCCGGUCCCUCACGCCCGCGGGCGCGGCCGCUGGCGCGGCCGCGCCGCCCCAGCUCCCGCUGCAGCGCCAAUUGCCCGCGCUGGCGGGCGCCCCAGCCCCCGUCGCCGCGGCCCCCGUCCGUGUGGUCGCCAGGACGUCUGCUCCGGAGCAGCUGCCGCCGCUCGCGCCGCAGAACUACGACGAGCUCGUCAAGGCCGUCAUCGGCGACGCGGUGCACAACCGGGUCGCGUUGCACGAGCAGUCGCGUCAGGACGACGCAUCGCCCAACCUCGCGGAUUUCGCCAUGUCCGUCAACGACGGCAGCCUGCUCAAUUUGGCCCUCUCGUCCAACCGCUCCCACGACGGCAAACACCAGAUCUCGCGCGAUGACAGAAUGCCCUUUUUCCUGCGCGAGAAAAUCCUCCUGCACAUCCAGCGGUCGCGCGCCUGCUUCGAGGUCGCGUCGUCGCAGGGCUCGCUCGAGCUCUACGCCAACCUCGAGAUCCUCGGCGAAACCAGCAUCAAGUCCUCCGUGGCGUUCGUCAUGGAGCGGUUUUUCUCAAACCUGUCCGCGUCGUCCAUGGAAUACAUCACAUCCAAGUUGUGCUCGCCGCAGGAGCUCGCGAAAAUCUCCGUCAAGUUGUUCGGCCCGGCCACCGAGCGCCAGCUCGACCAGAUGGCCCGCGACGCCCAACUCAAGGUCUUCUUCCUGGUCAUGGGCGGCAUCGUCAAGGAUUUCGGUUUCGAUCCCUGCAUAUACCCGUUGAGCGAGAUCAUGCACGACGUCAUAGUCAGGCACUAUCCGUUAGUGUGCCAUCCCUGCGGCGAUUCCAAGCGUACCACCAUCAUGUCGACGCUGUCGAUGGUCCCGGCUGCUGCCAACAAGGACGUCUACAGAAAUGUGCUUCUGAAGUUCAAGGACAAAGAACAACAUUUUACUUUCCAUCUACUGAGCAAUGGCCCGCCCACCACCGCGGAAAUCCUACAAAAUUCGCGGCAUCUGUUCCAAAUCGUGUCCCAAACCAAGAGCCUGCAUUUGAAGCAUAACGGGGCCGCAAUCAGGGACGACAUGGAGUUGGCUCGCAUCUUUAACCGCGUCACAAGAGAACAAAUCGUCAUUGAAAUUUGCGAAAUGAAACAAGAGUCCUUCGACGCCCUCAACAUUCUCAGCAGUGUAUCUGCAUCCGCCCCGCCAGAGCUCACCAAGGAUUACGUGCACACGGACCGGCAGCUGGCCGCCAAGUCACGUACCACGUCGUCCUCCACCGCAUACUCAUCCUCGGACCAUUCUGUCAGAAGCACUCCGCAACCAGGCACCGAACACCCUCAAAACAGCAUGCCCCGAAUCGCGUCUCCCACAGAGGCAGAGGGGGCCAACGGGUUAGCGUCGCCCUCAGCCGCAAUCUCAAAUAGCCCUCCAAUGGUCCGCGCCAAUCACCAGUCCAAGGGGCUCUUCGACAAAGGAAGCCUCUUCGACAAAGGAAGCCUCCCGCAGCCUGUGUUCCAACCGCUCCUAUAG